AGUGAAAGCAGAAGCAACUAAGGAUAUUUGAGUCAGAUCAACCCGAGCUGCAGCAGGGCGUCUUCACACCCCGAAAAGAAUCAAAGCAUGAACAGCCCAACCUAUCCCGCACCGGUUCCCACCAGCAACAUCACAAACAUUGAGGAUGAAAGCCUCGUGAGCAAUGACUUCUCGACGGCUUUGGGAGCUCUCAUCCUCACCUUGGUCUUCCUUCUGGGCGUCCCCGGCAACCUCUUCAUCAUCUGGAGCAUCCUGGCGCGUGCCCGGCGGCGCUCCGUUACCACCAUCCUCAUUCUCAACUUGGCGUGCGCCGACAGCUUCAUCAUGGCACUCACCCUCUUCUUCGUGGUCUACCUGGCCAAGCAGACGUGGGUCUUUGGCAACGUCAUGUGUAAAGUCUUGUUCUACCUGUGCAACACCAACAUGUAUGCCUCCAUCUUUCUGAUCACACUGAUGAGCGUGCACAGACUGGUGGCCGUGGUGUGGCCGAGGAAACUGAGGUUUCUGGCCACCAAGAAGAUCGUGACGAGGGUGAUCCUGGGCCUGUGGGUGCUGGUGAUGAUCGUCGCCAUUCCCUCACUGCUGUUUCGAAAAGAGAGAGAGGACAAAGAUGAAAGAAAUAAGACAAGAGUGGUGUGUGCCCCCGAACACGAUUACGCGCGACAGGUGAGGUUCCAGUACUCCCUUGAGACCGUGGCUGGAUUCAUACUCCCCUACGCCGUGAUCGUGACCAGCUACGUCCUCAUUCUGAGACGCUUGAGGCAGACCAAGUUCAAACGCAAGGUCCGCAGUGAGAAACUCAUCCUGGCUAUUGUGGUGACCUUUGGCGUGUUCUGGCUGCCCUACCAUGUCAUCAACAUGGUACAGGUGGCGGCUGAGUGGUUCUCAGAGGAAUCAGUAAUGAGGGACAAAUUGGAUCACAUCUGGAAGUCCAGUCGUGCAGUGACCUCAGCUCUGGCCUUCAUCAGCAGCUGUGCCAAUCCCGUCCUUUACACCUUCGCCGGGAAAUCCUACAUCAAGCAGAACGGCUUUGCCUUCAUGGCGCGGCUCUUUGAGGGCACAUCAUUGGACCAAACUGGGACCAGAAAGGGCCGGUCACUGGCCUCGGACACUCAAGUGGGACUCAGAGACAUGGAGUCCACGGCUAGCACUGGAAAGACCGUUAUACACGAUGGACAAUGAGCUUUCUAUGAGCAGUUCAGACUGAAGAUGGGAGAAAUAAGAUGUGGAGUGGUGGUGCGGCGGCUCACGUGGUAGAGCGUGUACCACGAAUCAAGGCUGAGUCCUUACCGCAGCGGCCUGUGUUCAAAUCCGGAUUGGACCCUUUGCUCCAUGUCCUCCCUUCUUCCUCUCACCUACCUUUCCUGUCUCGCUCUACUGUCACUAUCAAAAAGAGCAGUAAUGCAGACAAAAAAGAAAUUAAACAAUGUGUAGAGCAUAGACAUAAUAUAUAGACACAAAGUGCAGCAAUUCUACAGUAAAUGUAGUUUGUGUUGUAAAUAGUGUAUUGUGAAAUGUACCUGUUGUGAAGGUACUGUUCUACUGUAUGUCAAGCACGCAGACAGAGGGAAGUGCACUGCUUGUACAGGACUUGUAUAUAUAUGACCUGUAAAUAAAAA